AUGUCCGACUCCAGACAAGAGAGUGAGAGUUCCGCCGAAACCUAUCAAAGUCAACCCGAAUCAGAAAAUGCCAAAGAUUCCGGCAGUCCUGAAAGCCCAGGAUCACCGCCGGCUCCGCCAGGGAGUCCACGGUCGCCUGAACAGCCGAGCCAGGAUGAAGACAACCAAGAAGUUCCCACUAUAGAGACUACCCCGACAGACGGAGAAAACGGAGAAGCAUCACAGAGGAGACAGCGGGUUCGCUUCCGGUCCGCUCUCAGUGUCGACUACCCAGAGCCUGCUGGUCCCGAAAGCAGCGAAGAUGAAGGCUCGAUUCAGGAAAAGCAAAAAGGUCAGCGUGACCAAGCGCAACGCCAAGGCCAGCCACAUCUCAUGUCCACGCCCUACAUCCAUGGUUCGCUAGACAUCACAGAAACCCCUCUUCAGGAGCGGACAACGGGAGAAGACCUUCAGCAAGCGGAAAAGACCCCUGUGGAGAAGAAACCGGCAGGCAUUGGCGCAGCAGCAGCCCUCGGCGAUGUCAGUCGCACAGCCAAGGACAAACUGCGAUGGCUGCGAGACACGGUGCACGGCAAGUUGUCCCGGUGGAGUGAUCGGCUGGGGCGCCCUGAACGAGGUGGGGAUGACCUAGGACCUGGUGUCUACCACAACGAAUGGGCAUCAGGCGGCAACGCGCCUCUGGGAGAUUUGACUGACAACAAGCACAAGACUCACGAGGAAAAGAAGACACAUCAAGCCACAUCCACGUCUGAAGCGCACCGCCUGGUCCGUGAGCUGACGCAGGACCAGUCCGGCAAUCGGCGCAGUACGCGUGGGAAUCCAUACCCACACACCGAUACGCAGGGCGGCCGGGGCGGUCAGGGGGACAAUGCACUCGAGUCGGGGCUGCGGUAUCGAGCCGGUGGUGGGGGUGUCCUGGCGCAGCUGAUGAAGCUGAAUGGUGGCAUGCAACAAGGAGGCGGGCAAGGUGGGCAAGCCGGGCAAGCCGGACAACGAUCGCCCUCGGACACCGGGACCUCAGGGACCACAACUCCAAAGAAAGAAAAGUUAAAGUGGUACAAGAAUAAACAGCAUACUCGCUCCACGUCGACCCUGGUUGGCGCUUCGGGCAGCAUGAGUGGCGCGAGCACUCCUGUGUCUAGCGAGGUGCUUUCCGCCGCGUCAAAGCGCCUUGGUGGACAACAGCCCCAACGGGGAGGAGGCAUGCGGCUGGAGGACGAAAUCCAGGUGACGGUGCAAAUCGCGGAGAUCAUUGCGCGCCAGCGGUACAUUAUGCAGCUGUGCAAAGCGCUGAUGUCGUUUGGCGCCCCGACACAUCGGCUCGAAGAGUACAUGCAGAUGACGGCUAAGGUUCUCGAGGUGGACAGUCAAUUUCUGUAUUUUCCCGGGUGCAUGAUCAUGUCAUUUGACGAUCCGUCGACGAGGACGACCGAGGUGAAGCUGGUUCGGGUGGCUCAGGGAAUCAACCUGCAAAAGUUGGCCAACACUCAUCGAAUCUACAAGAAUGUAGUACAUGACGUGAUCGGGGUGGAAGAGGCCAUCCAGGAACUGGAGGAGAUCGAAAAGAAGCCACCACGAUUCAACAAGUGGGUUGUCGUGUUGGUGUACGGGUUGGCGUCUGCGACUGUAGGACCGUUUGCGUUCAAUGCUCGGCCGAUCGACAUGCCCAUCAUUUUCAUCAACGGCUGUCUGCUCGGACUCAUGCAACAAGUCCUCGCACCACGCUCAGCACUCUAUUCGAACGUCUUUGAGGUGACGGCCGCGGUGCUAACCUCGUUUCUGGCCCGCGCCUUUGGGAGCAUUCCAAAGGCCGUCAUCGACGGCAAACGCCAGUUUCUCUUCUGUUUCUCUGCCAUUGCCCAAUCCUCCAUUGCGCUUAUCCUGCCCGGCUUCCUGGUGCUAUGCAGCAGUCUCGAGCUGCAGUCUCACCAGAUUAUCGCGGGAUCGAUCCGAAUAGUCUACGCGAUCAUCUACUCCCUGUUCCUUGGAUACGGCAUCACGGUAGGGACGACCAUCUACGGACUGAUGGAUGGGUCCGCCGUAUCCGACAUCCAGUGUCCCAAAGCCGGGGCCUUCAAAAACCCAUACGUGCAGCGGUUCCCCUUCGUGGCCCUCAUGACCGUGUGGCUGCUCAUCAUCAACCAGGGCAAGUGGAAACAGUUACCCGUGAUGACGACCAUCGCCAUGUCCGGGUACAUCACCAACUACUUUAGCACGAAGAAGCUGGGGUCCAACUCGCAGGUCGCCAACACCGUCGGCGCCUUCACCAUCGGCAUCAUGGGCAAUCUGUACAGUCGCCUAUGGCACGGACACGCCGCCACGGCCAUCCUCCCCGCUAUCUUCGUGCUGGUCCCCUCGGGCCUGGCAGCGUCCGGGUCGCUGAUUACCGGCGUGGCGUCUGCCGAUCAGAUCCGUCACAAUAUUAGCAGCCCCAGCGGGACAUCGCAGCCGGGGGCGGGACUGUCCACCAAUUCGUCGGUAUGGACGCUGGCGGUCGGGAUGGUCCAGGUGGCGAUUGGAAUUACGGUUGGACUGUUUAUCGCUGCGUUGGUGGUGUAUCCGUAUGGUAAGCGACGGAGCGGCUUAUUUAGUUUUUAG